GGUUUAGGAGUUGGUGACAUUCCAGGAUGUGGUUGUGGAUUUCACCAGGGAGGAGUGGUGCCUCUUGGACCAUUGUCAGAAAGAGCUCUACAAGGAGGUCAUGCUGGAGAAUGUCCAGAACCUGCUUUCUGUAGUGCAGAUGUUGGGAAAGGAAGAGAAUGGAAUAAGCAUUCAUAAUGGAAUGAGCAGUCUUACUGCACAUCAGAGAAUACACUCUGCAGAGAAACCUUAUGGAUGUAAUCAAUGUGGAAAGACUUUCACAUGGAGUUCCAGUCUUGUUGCACAUCAGAGAAUCCACACUGGAGAGAAACCUUAUGAAUGCAAUCAUUGUGGAAAGGCCUUCACAGAGAAAUCACAUCUUGCAGCACAUCAGAGAAUCCACACUGGAGAGAAACCUUAUGAAUGUAAUCAGUGUGGAAAGACUUUCACACAGCAUUCCAGUCUUGCUGCACAUCAGAGAAUCCACACUGGAGAGAAACCUUAUGAAUGUAAACAGUGUGGAAAGACUUUCACAAAGAGUUCUAAUCUUGCUGCACAUCAGAGAAUACACUCUGGAGAGAAACCUUUUGAAUGUAAUCAGUGUGGAAAGACUUUCACAGAGAGUUCCAGUCUUGCUAAGCAUAGGAGAAUCCACACUGGAGAGAAACCUUAUGGAUGUAAUCAAUGUGGACAGACUUUUGCACGGAGUUCCAGUCUUGCUGCACAUCAGAGAAUACACUCUGGAGAGAAACCUUAUGAAUGUAAACAGUGUGGAAAGACUUUCACAGUGAAUUCCGGGCUUGUUGCACAUCAGAGAAUCCACACUGGAGAGAAACCUUUUGAAUGUAAUCGGUGUGGAAAGACUUUCACAAAGAGUUCUAAUCUUGCUGCACAUCAGAGAAUACACUCUGGAGAGAAACCUUAUGAAUGUAAACAGUGUGGAAAGACUUUCACAGUGAAUUCCGGGCUUGUUGCACAUCAGAGAAUCCACACUGGAGAGAAACCUUUUGAAUGUAAUCGGUGUGGAAAGACUUUCACAAAGAGUUCUAAUCUUGCUGCACAUCAGAGAAUACACUCUGGAGAGAAACCUUAUGAAUGUAAACAGUGUGGAAAGACUUUCACAGUGAAUUCCGGGCUUGUUGCACAUCAGAGAAUCCACACUGGAGAGAAACCUAUUGAAUGUAAUCAGUGUGGAAAGACUUUCACAGAGAGUUCUAAUCUUGCUGCACAUCAGAGAAUACACUCUGGAGAGAAACCUUAUGAAUGUAAACAGUGUGGAAAGACUUUCACAGUGAAUUCCGGGCUUGUUGCACAUCAGAGAAUCCACACUGGAGAGAAACCUUUUGAAUGUAAUCAGUGUGGAAAGACUUUCACAGAGAGUUCCAGUCUUGCUAAGCAUAGGAGAAUCCACACUGGAGAGAAACCUUAUGGAUGUAAUCAAUGUGGAAAGACUUUUGCACAGAGUUCCAGUCUUGCUGCACAUCAGAGAAUCCACAGUGGAGAGAAACCUUAUGGAUGUAAUCAAUGUGGAAAGACUUUUGCACAGAGUUCCAGUCUUGCUGCACAUCAGAGAAUACACUCUGGAGAUAAACCUUUUGAAAGUAAUCAGUGUGGAAAGACUUUCAAUGAGUUUCAUUCUUGCUAAGCAUAGGAGAAUCCUCAUUGGAGAGAAACCUUAUGAAUGUAAUCAGUGUUUAAAGAAGUUCGGA